CUACAUUUUUGGCACAUCCUCGUUUGGGGAAUCGUACGUCACACGAAAAAAGAACAAGGAGAAAUUUCAGUCAUAUCUAUACGUGUAUUGUAUGGCGGUAGUUCGCAGCAAGCCGUGUAUCAGAGUAUUACCGAUGUUACUGGAGCCAUACAGUAGCCUAAUAAAACUCCUUCCCGGUCCUGAUUAACCUCUGGUCUAUUGCGCCCUCAUUGGGACAUAGUCGGAGACCGAUAUCUGAUGAUUUAAAAAAAUAUACAUUUCGUCCUUUAUCGCUUCUUGGUGGUGGUAGUCCGUCGUUGUGUUAACCUAACCUAACCUAACUUAACCCUCCAAGUGACGUUUUGAUUCGAAUUCUGGUUUAUUGAGAUUAUUUUUGGUGCUUGAAUUUUGCGAAAUGACGGAUGCCGAACUGCAAGAAGAAGAAAGGGAGGUCCUACUUUCAAUUUAUGAUGGUGAUGCAGCAUUCAAACAGCUCGACCCUACGACAUACCAGUACAAGUAUGGCGAAAAUGAUGAUGUGAAAUCAUUUUUACUGGAAAUAACCUGGGGGCCCAAGUAUCCGUCGGAAAAACCAAAUAUCAAUAUGAACACAUUUUACAACAAACAUAUAGUGCAAGGUGUGAAGGAUAAAGUGGCCGCAUAUGUUGAUGCUGAGGCAGAGCAAUGGUUGGGAUCUGCAAUGACGUACACAUUGUUCCAAUCUGUCCAAGAAAACCUAGCAGAGUUAAUCAAAGAUCAACCAGACUCGAUAGAAGAAAUUGAAACGGAUGUCAACAAAAUCUCAAUCACAGGCGAAAACGUUCAGGAUGAGUCAUCGAAGAAAGUCAAAAAAGAACAGCUUACCAAGGCACAAAAACGACGACAAUGGAAUAAAGCUGAUGGUAAAGGAGAAAAGCCCAGAGGAUGGGACUGGAUGGAUAUAGUGAAACACUUGUCUCAAACUAGUUCCAAGCAAGAAUACGAAUCUUAGCAUAUGCUCUCAGUGAUUCGUAUGGCCAAAUUUCCUAACCGAGUAUAUUUUUAUAAUCCCAGCAUUAAACAUGUUUCGAGAAUGAGCAAAAUACUUGUUCUUGAAACUUGUUUACAUAAAUUUGCAAAAAUAAUUAUCAUCUAUUAACUGAUCAAAAUAAGAGUGCAAUGCUUAUAAAAUACAGCAAGACUGGAUUAUUCCAUGUGAGAAUGAUCAACAAAAUUGUAUUGAAAAUUUCUAAUUAGUCGGUACAAUACAAUACAGUUAAUGUUACAAUAUAACAUGUACACGUACAA